AUGGAAGCUCUCAUCACUCCAUUAUCAUCCCCUCCGCUUUCACUUUACCAGAAACCUUCUUCUUCAUUCUCGCCAUUAACAACCUCCCCUCUCUUCUUCCCUAAACCCCACAAACAUCUCCGUCACAGAAUCCAAAACAGCAAGUACGGCAACUUCCUUGAUUUGAUCCCAGAAAACAAAUCCGACCCGAUUAAAUUCGACCUCAAUUGGCUCGAUCCAUCUCAAAAACCACGACUCGACCUCAUCGUAAUCGGAGCUGGUCCAGCUGGGCUUUGUUUGGCUGAAAGAGUUUCUCGAUAUGGGAUCCGGGUUUGUUGUGUUGAUCCGGACCCACUUUCCAUGUGGCCUAACAAUUACGGGUCUUGGGUCGAUGAGCUAUCAAGCUUAGGACUUGAAGAUUGUUUUGAUAAAACAUGGCCCAUGUCUUCUGUUCAUAUCGACGAUCAUAAAACCAAGUAUCUCGAUCGGCCUUAUGGUAGAAUUAACAGAAAGACGUUGAAGAUGAAGUUGCUUUCAGGGUGUUUAUCAAAUGGGGUUAAAUUCCAUAAAGCGAAAGCGUGGAAAGUUAAUCAUCAAGAAUUUGAAUCCUCCAUUGUUUGUGAUGAUGGUAGUGAGUUGAAAGCAAGUUUGAUUGUGGACGCAAGUGGUUUUGCAAGUUCUUUUGUGGAAUACGAUAAGCCAAGAAACCAUGGUUACCAAAUUGCUCAUGGGAUUUUAGCAGAAGUUGAAGAACACCCGUUUGAUCUAGACAAGAUGUUACUCAUGGAUUGGAGAGAUUCCCACUUAGGAAAUGAGCCUAAUUUACGCGUAAGCAAUUCUAGAUUCCCCACUUUUUUAUAUGCGAUGCCAUUCGAUUCGAAUCUAGUCUUUCUAGAAGAAACUUCCUUGGUUAGCCGGCCGGUUUUAUCUUACAAAGAGGUCAAAGCAAGAAUGGUGGCAAGGUUAAGGCAUAUGGGUAUUAGAGUCAAAAGAGUGAUCGAGAGUGAAAAAUGUCUUAUUCCAAUGGGUGGGCCACUUCCAAAGAUUCCCCAAUCAGUGAUGGGGAUUGGGGGAACGGCUGGACUGGCCCACCCAUCUACAGGAUAUAUGGUGGCUAAGACGUUGGCUCUGGCCCCAAUUUUGGCUGAGUCCAUUGUUGAGUGUCUUGGUUCGACACGGAUGAUUAGAGGGCAACCGCUUUAUCAUAGAGUGUGGAAUGGGUUGUGGCCUAUUGAGAGGAGAUUAACAAGGGAGUUUUAUACAUUUGGAAUGGAGACACUUUUGAAACUUGAUUUGGAAGGGACAAGAAGCUUUUUUGAUGCUUUUUUCGAUUUGAAUCCGGAAUAUUGGCAUGGGUUUUUGUCAUCAAGAUUGUCGAUUACGGAACUUGCUAUGUUAAGUUUGUCAUUGUUUGGACACUCAUCGAAUUCAUCGAAAUUUGAUAUUGUUACAAAGUGUCCGGCUCCUUUGGUCAAGAUGAUGGGCAAUGUAGUACUUGAUGCCAUUUGA